UUUUGGUCCUGAUCAGCUCUUCAUGAUUUUGGAAUUUGAAUUUGGAGGAAAUGACCUGGAGAGCAUGAGUGAUCAAAUCCCCACUGUAGCUGUCUCGCGCAAUAUACUACAUCAAGUGGCCGCAGCCUUGGCCAUAGCUGAAGAGGAGCUGAGAUUUGAGCACAGGGACCUACACUGGGGAAAUCUCUUAAUCGAAAAGUGUGCGUCUAAAUCAGUUGCGUAUUCAUUGCACGGGAAAAGCGUCAACAUCCCCACUUCUGGCUACCAAGUGAAGAUUAUUGACUAUACGCUGUCUCGUCUGGAUAAAGGAAUACUUGGGCCUCUUACCUUCCUCACACUAAUGUCCUUUGGUUACAUUAUCUUGCCGACAAGCUGCUCACUUCUGUUAAUUAUAUUAGAAAGUCAAACUCUGCGGCACAACGUAGAGAGCUCCGCAGACUUCAGGAUUUCCGGAGAGAAGUACAAGGAUUCAGUUCUGCACUAG